GUGUUGUGAGUUUCUGGGCAGCUGUUGGAUGCAAGCCAAUCAGCUAUAACACUGAGUGCAGGCCACACGCACAUUCCCUGGGGAAACAGCAUCUUCUCCAACUGAAGCCUCGGCCAUUAAUGAAAACAAAACUAAUUAUAGACCGAGACUGAAACUGUGGGACUGAGGAAGUUUGGAGAAUUGGCUUCAAGCGGAAGCCAGAGACGAAUAGCGAAAGGGAGAGAGCUGCUGAGAACAAGUCCUUACCCGCAGAGGAAGAGAGAGAGGUAGAUAUGCGGGUCAGCUUUGGGACGUCCCAUUAAACAUCAGAGCACUGUCAGUGACCACACAAUACGGAGCUACCAGGACACACUCCAAUCCAGACGCGGGUCACAUCACCACUCGAGGGCACGCUGCAGAAACCGUCCGAAGGGAGGGAAAAAUAUGCAGGAAUUCCGGUCACGUUUAGGAGAACCUGUUUGCUGGACUAAACUGCUGGAGCGUAGCCCUUUUCUCUAGAAGGUGAAGUUUCACCUACAGGCAGAAAUUUCAGCGAUGAGGUUACAUUGCUAAAAGGAAUCUCACUGAAAGCAUCUAUUCAGGUUUGGAGAUGUCUACUGUCCCACGGAAAGUGUUUGUUCAAGUUGAAUUUGACUAUGAGUACACAAGGGAUGGGAGACUCAUCUCUAUUAAGCAAAAUGAGCGAUACAUUCUUGUCUCAAGAACCAAUGCCAACUGGUGGUAUGUUAAAAAGGAUUCCCACUCUAAAGCCUUCUAUCUGCCAGCACAAUAUGUGAGGGAAUUGCCUUCAGAAGCUCCGGCCUCUCCUGGGGUGCAGUCCCUGAAUGGAUCUGACUGUCCUGAUCGCCAAAAUGGAGGCGAGGCAACAGAUAAAGUAGGUGUGACUCAAAAUGAUUGUGACAUUGGGGAAAAUCAGCUCCCGUACCAAGACCAACCAGGCCAGGAUGACUGCAGUUCUGAUCCAAUCCAGGAGAAAAAGAACUCAAGUCCUGCUCAAGACAAGAAUCUUUCACUCAAUCUGGUGAGCAAUAAUAGCCCUCCAACAAUGCAUGGCUCACCAAACUCUCCACCAAGUUUGACCGUGACACCUCAUUUGCUCCCAUGUUACAGUGAAGUACACAGACCUGCAGUGAAUAAUGAAGAAUCCAAGAAUCCCAAGUUAGCUCCUGCAAACGCACCAAAAUGGCAAAGCUCCACAGUCAGGGUACGUCCCAAACAACAAGGUAACCAUACCCAAAGACUUAGCCUGGUAGGAACCUUCAGUCCAGCACAGCUGGCUUUUAAUCUCCAGACCCUAGACCCCAAGCUCAGACGCAGUGUGGGAAAAGACAUUGAUCAAUCAGAACAGCUCAACCCAUGCCAAAGUUUCAGCUUUAGCCAUGAGAUCAGUUCCAAAAAAUGCUCUUCAACAGAGACCAUUGCCAUGACAUUGGAACACUCGGGAACUGCAGAGAGAAAGGAUGUAAUGAACUCCAAGUCCUUACCACAGACACCAGAUUAUGGUUCUGAAAAUGUUUAUGAAUCAAUUCCAGACUUACCAAAGCCAAAGACUAAAACACGAAAAGAAAAAGCUCGUGGUUCACCAAAGGCAUUUGAAGCGAAGUCGGAGUUGGUGUAUCAGAAUUUGACAGAGCUGAGGCAGGAGCUCACAGAGGAACCAUCUUGUCUCAGCGAUAACUUGACCAGUCACCUGGAAGAAUGGGAAACGCAUACUGAUCAAGCAACUGGACAGCCCUUCUACUACAACGUGGUGACUGGGGAGACUACCUGGGACUCCCCAUUUGAUAGCCCAGACGGGAAGGAACCACAAACCCCACGUUCCCGCACUUCCAGUACAAGCAAUCCCUUUGUGGAAUGGGAAUCGCAUCUUGAUGAAAUCAGUGGGCAGACCUACUACUACAAUCCUGUAACUGGAGAGACCACGUGGGAACGACCAGAACAGCAGGAGGAAGAUACGGCGGAGAACAUGGAUAAUCUCCGGGACCAGAGGCCUCCUACUCCAGAAGAGGAUUACCCAGAAUUCAUUGAGGAGAGCCCUCCAGCUCACAUUGGAUCAUACUUGGGUCAUCGGCGGCAGCCAUCAGCCUGGUCACAGGAUGAGUACAGUGAGCCACAGUCACCAGUGGACUCACCAUUAUACCAACCGAUAGAACCACAGACCCCCCCAGGCUGGUCCUCUGAGCUGGACCAAGAUGGACAGCUGCUUUAUACCAGUGAAGUUACGCAAGAAAAAUGGAUAAGGCAUGUUGACAGCAAUGGCAAGUUCUAUUACUAUAAUCCAGAAGGAGCCAAAUCUGAGUGGGAACUUCCUCAGUAUGGAACUCCCCCCAGUCAACUCAAUGCAGGGAAUGGAGUGGAUCAAGAAGGAAAUUUUGUUUUCUCAAACUGGCGCCAUGGCCUCACACUGAAGCCAGUUCUAUCAGUGCGCUCCAAUACAGAGGAGAAGGGACCAAUAGUUAUGCACAGGCGAAAUGCAUCUGAUUACAGUGCCGAACUCGCACUUGGGAACCGUGCUGAUAUCCUGCUUCCCCACUCUCAGUCGUUGGAUAAAGCUGGAAUUCUAAACAAAGCCAAGGUGGCAGAUAAUGGCAAGCGUAUGAGGAAGAACUGGGCAUCCUCAUGGACUGUGCUGCAGGGUGGAAUUCUGACCUUUUAUAAAGAUCCCAAGAGUCAGUCUGCAGGCACACUGAAACAAGGUGCUGGCCAAUUUGUAUCUGAAUAUACGGUUGAACUGAAAGGAGCGAGUAUCGGCUGGGCAGCAAAGGACAAAUCGAGCAAAAAGAACGUUUUAGAGUUGAAAACCCGAAGAGGCUCAGAGUACCUCAUACAGUACGAUACUGAGUCUGUCAUCGGGGACUGGUAUAAGACAAUCAGUGAAAGUAUCAAUCACCAGGUGGAUACUAUCAGCACAGAUGAAGUUGAUGCUGAUGUAACCGGACCAGAGAAAUAUAACAGCAAAGACAAGGAUGAUAAGAGGAUUCGUGGGGUUCCCAGAAGUACCUCGGUCAGCAGUACUGAAACCGCAGAUCACAAGAAAGUCAAGGUCAAAUUGAAAAGAUUCUUGCUGCGGAGACCAACACUGCAAAGUGUGAGGGAAAAGGGUUAUAUCCAAGAUCAAGUAUUUGGCUGCUGUUUGGCAGACCUGUGCCAAAGGGAAAACACCACAGUGCCACAUUUUGUGAUGCAGUGCAUUCAAGCUGUGGAGAAACGAGGUUUGGAUAUUGAUGGCUUGUACAGAGUCAGUGGGAAUCUGGCGAUCAUACAGAAGCUGCGUUACAAAGUCAAUCAUGAUGAAAGUGUGAACCUGGAGGAAGGCCCAUGGGAUGAUGUCCAUGUUAUCACUGGGGCCCUGAAGCUCUUCUUCCGAGAACUGCCUGAGCCACUUUUCCCAUUUAAUUACUUUGAGAGUUUUAUCAAUGCAAUGAAAUUAGGAGGUCCUGGACAGCGUUUGACAUACAUCAAAGAUUUAAUCCAUUCACUCCCUGUGUCCAACCAUGAUACCAUGCAAGUUCUCUUCAAACAUUUGUGCAAUGUGAUAGACUACCGCAACCAGAAUCGGAUGAGUUCCCAGAGUAUGGCGAUUGUGUUUGGCCCCACCCUCCUGAGACCAGAGACAGAGACAGGAAACAUCGCAGUCCACAUGGUCUACCAGAACCAGAUUGUAGAGUUCAUUCUUAAUCAAUACCGAAACCUUUUUAAUGAAAGCCAGGAAUUGACCGUUUUUAGAUGAGCAACAGAAUGGGGCAGUGUAGCCUAACAGAGGACUGGUGUGUGUAUGUAUGUUUGCGUGUGAGUGCAUUCCUAGAGUAAUAAGGAGCUAGAUGUGUCUGCAUGCAUUUGACCUAGCAGACAUAGCCUUAUGCAAAAAGAAGAAAGGCUGUUUCUCAGGACCUGGUCUGACUCAACUUCAUGUUUAUAGAUGGAGAAGCAUUAUUCCAAAUGGGUCAUAUUCUGGGUGGACAGUGUCUUGAGCCCUGAGGCACAGUACAAAUGAGCCUUCCCAUCUGAUCGACAACUUUGCUUUGCUGUUGUGCCUGUGGUUUUUGUUUUCGAUAUUCCGAGAUCCUUAUGCCUGCAUCCAGCCGAGGUGCUGUGCUUAUUUCAACUCGCGCCUGGAAAUGAUUUUUGGAGAAAGUCUUUCUAGUUGCUGCUUUCACUGUGUGGUUCAUGUAGUCCUUGGGAUUCUGCCCAGCAGGAUUAUUUCAUGAAUCAGCACACAGCACUUUAAAGUGUGCUUCUCUCUCUCUCUCUCUCUCUAUCUAUCUUUCUAUCUAUCUUUCUAUCUAUCUAUCUAUCUAUCUAUCUAUCUAUCUAUCUAUCUAUCUAUUCUGAGGCAUUUUUACAUGUGAUGUGAAAUCAGUAAUAAGAUCUGGAUCUAGCUUCCCAAGGUAUUGGAUGUUCAUGUUUAUAUAUUGCUAUUUAUUGAUAUUGUGUAUAAUGAUUGAUUGUGCAGUUUAUGAAAGCACAUUGAAUUGGGAAAAUUGUAACACUGGAGAUUAUAUCACACAUGAGUAACUGAAACCUGUGGGAGAAAGUCAUAUUGGAAAUGAUUUACCCGGGCUGUUAAGUCAGAUAGUCAAGCAAGCUAGGGUUAUAGUGCUGGAGUUGAACUGAAUACACUGUGUUCUUACAGCAAUGUAAUAGUGUAGUUUCCUCUAACACUUCAAAGAAACUGUUUUACUCAAAAAGGACAUUCUGACUAUGGAUAGUACAAUUGUGGUAGGUAGUAUGAGGUGGAGUUUAGAGGAGUUAGAAUGUGCACUUUAGUGAAUUGUGAAGAGUCAUUCCAUUGUGUAGUUUAUUUACUGUACAACUCCUGAUGUUCUCAGAUUACUUCAUCAUCAAGGUAUUUAUUUUUUCCCCACCUUGAAAACCUAGAUAAAAGGCCCAUUGUGCAGGAUACCAAUUAAGUUCGAGAAGAGUGGGAGGUCGAAUGAGGUAAAUGAAGUAGUGGUAAGGCAGAAUCAGGUUUGUGGUUUAAUAUAAUACAUUACAGGAAAGGGAAGAGUGAGGAAGUAUGGAAUUGAUGCUUUCCAAGAAAAGAAUUGGAAAAAAAUGAGUUUGAAGUAGCAGUCCCAUCUUUCUAGAUUCCAUUUCUUUUUCACCAUUUAAAAUAAUACCAAUGUGAAAGGAAAUUUUACUCUCCAAAAUAAUUGGAGUUGAUUUUCUGACUUUGCAAUUCCAAUGAGGAACCCCUCACUAACCAUGAAAUUGUGGAGACUUUGUCUCUGAUGUUCCAAGCAUUAAAGGUAGAACAAACUUGGAAUGUUGCAAAUGUCUGAAGCUGGAUCUAGUUAGAGAUUUGGCCAGAAGGGAUCAGCAUUGCUAUGGAACUCAGUAUUGAGGUGCACACAACAUCUGGAAGCUUGCUUAUACUGAAAGCAAUUAUUGACAAUCUUAGGAAAGGCACAAAAAAGAAGCUGAACAAUGCAAAUGAACUUAAGGAAGCAAUAGGGAGAAGGAUGCAAAUCGACUUGAAGCAGAUGAUUCCCCUUGUGAGGAAAUCUAGAAUGAGAGGUCAUGGUUUUAGGAUAAGGAGUAGCAGAUUCAGUACACAGAUGUGGAAGAAUGGCUUCUAAAUUGUUGUGAAUUUGUGGAAUUCCCCACCCCAGUGCACAGUGGAUGCUGGGACACUGGAUAAAUUUGAGGAGGAGGUAGAUAGAACUUUAAUUAGUAACAAUUAAAGAAUUAUGGGAAGCAUGCAGGAGAGUGAAGUUGAGGUUGAGAUAAGAUCAUAUCAAAUGGUGGAGCAGGCUCAGGUGGCAACAUUGCCAAUUCCUGCUCCUAGUUCUUAUGUAUGUUUGUAAGAAUUAUUGAAAUACAGAGCAAGCUGGAAUGGUGGAUGACUUUUUGAGAGUUCUGAGACAGUAAUAUGGGAUAGUUGUGCCCAGUGGCAGGAGGAUUAGUAGCCAGAUAAUGCACAUUUCAGAUAAUCAGCAAAAGAUUCAGAGGGGAGAUGACAUGCAACUUUUUUUUUAUUUCAAUAGGUUGUGAUCUGGAGAAAGCGGGUGAACCAGAUUCAGUAAUGAUUUUAAAUGGACAAAUGGAGAUAUACUCAAAUAUCUGUGGAAUGAACAGCUUAGUGGAUUGCUCUGUCAAAAAGCCAGAAUAGGCCCAGUGGGGCUGAAUGGCCUUUUUGUUGUGUUGCAAGAUUCAGCAAUUCGCUGCAGAGUUUGACUUAAGCUCAAUGUUGCUACUAGAAAUAAGGGGAUGGAAAACAUUGUGGGCAAAUGGACCAUGUGUGGUAUAACCUACAGGAAAUGUUGCAGUGCAGCAACAGCAAUGUGACAUCACAACCAUGUGAUCCAGUCAGACAUGUCAGAGUUUAUAAAUAUUAGUUGCCCUAGCAGUCUUAAUUCAGAUUCAGUGGCAUGUCAGUUUCACUCCAGAUUUAUAAAAAAAGUCUGUGUUUAAGAAUCUGUUUAAUUGAAGUACUCCAUUGCAACCCAAAAUAUUAAAAUCCUCUGGGACAGUGGGUGAGCUCAUCAUGUGACCUUCCAUUGAAUCCGUGAGACCAAACAGGUCACAUAAUGGGAGAGAGCAUCAUUGAUUUCUCCUUCAUGGAGAAGAGGUGCCAGGCCUCAGGCAUCAGUGUCCCCACAGCAGGUGGGAAUAAACUGGAGAAGUAUAGAGAUAUAUGUGGUGUCAGAGAGGUGAUAUGAAACAUUUUACCUAGCCUGUGAAAGCACUGCAUGAUGAGGCCCAAAUUCCCAAACUGUAAUAUUAGAAAUUGAUAUUCAGUAUAGCCACUGUCUCUAAGAGCACUGAAAAUUCCUCAACAUAUUUUAUUAUCAAUAUUGACAGGACUCAACUAUGUCAGUAUUUCUUAGUCUACAAUGUUCAUUUGGUGAACUACCAGUCCCAUUCAGAAUUUCUGGAAGAAAUGCAAACUAUUUGUGAGGUUCUCACUGGGGAGAUGAAAGCCAAAACUGAUAGCAGAGAUUGGCAGACUUUGGGGAUCUACCUUCCAAUAUCCUCCACUAACACCAUCCCCUUCUGGUAUAUACAACUGAGCAGCAAUGUCCGAGUCCAUGAAGACAGUUGUAGUCACUCUCGGGCAGUAUCCAGAGAACGCUCCUAAGAAAAGGGUAAGGAGAGACUUUGAAAUUGAUUACAGUGUUAAGUGGUGAUUCAUUUACUGGCACUGUAAUCUUCAUAAGCCUGCUUUAUGAUCUGGGAGUAUCCCUUUGCAAACUUCCGACUUCCAAUAUAAUCUCAUGACUCACCAUAUACAUAAGAACCUCUGAGGCAUUUUGUGAUGGUAGAUGUUAUGGAAAUGUACUCUAACACAAAAAUACAUACUUUGGGAAGGAGCCAGAAAUUUGCAUGACACCACCCUGAAUUAAAAUUCACAUUAAUUGAUUGAAAGUAUACUCUCUGGUGGACAAAGGGUGUAAGUUAUUGAUUUGGACGUCUACAUGACAGGGUGGAAAAUUACAAAAAUUAUAUUUACUCAGAGGUUUGUCAGAUAACCUCUUAGCAGAUUGCCUUUCUCUUUUCCACAACUCCUCGUUUCAGUUAACUGGCAAUCUUCAAUCCCAUAUUGUUCCUAUACAAUGUGAAGUUCAGUCUUAAUGAGUUUUGAGAAGAUUUGUAGCUCAAGUUGAGGUUCUGGAUGUAAGUUUGCUUGCUAAGCUGGAAGGUUCGUUUUCAGACAUUUCGUCACCAUACUAGGUAACAUCAUCAUUGAGCCUCCGGUGAAGCACUGGUGGUGUGGAUCGCUUCUUAUUGAUGUGUUUAGGUAUCCUUGGGUUGGUGAUGUCACUUCCUGUUCUUUUUCUCAGGGGGUGGUAAAUGAGAUCCAUUUAAACAGAAUGGUUCCUCUGACUGCAUCAAGGUAUAGUGUUUAUUUUACUUAGUGUGAAUGCCACACGUUGAGACUUUCUGUCUAUAAGGGAUGGUUUGGCAUCUACUGCCCUAGUAGGAAAAAAAGUGAGAACUUCACACUGACUCUAAAAUAUAAUACCCCUUUUCAUCCUGAAUCAAUUCUGUUCUACUCAUGUUACCACUUCCAGGUGAACAUGCCUUAAACAGCAGUUGACUGAUGAAAUGCUCUUCCUUCAUUGAAUAAAUGAUAACUAUUGAAUCAUUUGGAGAGCAGUGAGCUUGCUGAGAAAAUCAUGAGGGGCAUGGAUAGGGUAAAUAGGCAAAGUCUUUUCCCUGGGGUCAGGGAGUCCAGAACUAGAGGGCAUAGGUUUAGGGUGAGGGGGAAAGAUAUAAAAGAGACCUAAGGGGCAACCUUUUCACACAGACGGUGAUACGUAUAUGGAAUGAGAUGCCAGAGAAAGUGGUGAAGGCAGGUACAAUUGCAUCAUUUAGGAGGCAUUUGGAUGGGUUAAUGAAUAGGAAGGGUUUGGAGGGAUAUGGGCCAGGUGCUGGCAGGUGGGACGAGAUUGUGUUGGGAUAUCUGGUCAGCAUGGAUGGAUUGGACCAGAGGGUCUGUUUCCGUGCUGUACAUCUCUAUGACUCUAUGUUGAAUUUUUAAAAGUAAAAUUGCCACACCCUGCCUAAGAUUACCCCAGUUAAAAUGGAAGUGUUCCUACCAGUGUAAAAUAAAACCCAUCAGAAAGUUCAUGCAUUAAAGUGGAUUUGCCUUAGUCCCAGAUUAUACAGUUAUUAUACAACUGUGACUUUUCUACAAUAUUUGUAUGCACAUUAUUUAAUACAUUGAUUGGAAAGUAGUUUCUUGUGCUUCUCAUUUUAGUGGAAUUGUUAAACUUGCAAUGCACAGUCUCUGAAAAUAAGCAUCUGGGUUAGGAAGGAAUCAUGUUGAAGCUGUUUUUCAGGCAAAAGGGUUACCAAGCAACAGCACUUAAUGUGGCGAAGGUAGUAGCUGUGCAUGUUCUUGUGAUGAAUGCCCUCUUCCAAAUUCCAUAACAUUUAAAGAACUGUUUUUAUUAAUCUGCAGAUUGCUUCUACUUCAUAACUACUGAUUGUGUUUAUGAUAUGUAACCUCUCUAACUUUUUAGAACGUAACAUUCUGAGAAAUUGUAAAUAAAGAUUCUAGAGUUAUAUAUAUUAUUUAAAAUCACUGUAAAUGAAAUCAAAUUAAGGUUCCAGGCUUGUUUAUUUUAUUUUGAGAAAAGAGUUUGAUUCUUACACUGACACUAGCCUCAAAUACAACAAAGUUGGCAGCUCUUAAAGAAGUGAAAGUGUUAACCCUUUUCACCUUUACCUAUAGUGUCGGACACUUGGCAAAAAUUUAAAGUUUGAAAUCCUGAUGACUUUAAAGUACCUAAUGUAAUGAAUAUUCAGUGUUAGAAAAUGAAAGAGUGUAAUGGACUCCCUGACCGACCAUUGUGGAGAGAUGGAUUUCUAAACUGGACCAAUAGCGUCUAAUUCAAUCCCUGGCCUCUUGCAGUGUUCUAGGACAUUGCAAUUGGACACACUGCCUCUAAAUUUGGGACAAGGGAGGCAGAUCGCUAUCCAUUGAUCCCUGCUGAGAAAGUGUGCACAUGACAUCAGGGUGAGGAUAUCAAUAGGGCAAAGCUUCAAAAGCAUCUACCACAGCUGAAUAGUUGGUUCCUUGGGGUGACGGAUCCAUACCACUGGAGAAGAAGGAUGGAAGGUAUGCACCAUACCUGAUGGGGUGCUCUAAUGUUGUAUUUGCAUGGCUGCUUUUAUGUUCUAGACAAUGGUGGGUGUGUAUGUGUGCCCGCUAUGCCUGAAUACAUUGCCCUGGCCCAUUGUCUGCUUCAUUCUGAACCGAUUAUUUUGGCUGUUUCUGUCCCUGGUUGGUUUUCAAUUGCCUGCGAGUGAAAGGCAAGGUGAGGAUGCAGGUGAUGGGGUCUGUUUCAGCUGGAAUAAGACAAACCAUGCUGUUGGUGUUAUUCUAACCCACAUGCUAGUCAACUGAACAAACUAUCUCCAUCCAUUUAGCACUGAUAUUGGAAAAGACAGAUCACUCAGCAAGUUUGAUUAGUUAUUAUUAGGUAAAGGAAUAUGGGCAUCACUGACUCGGCCAACUUUUAUUGCCUCGAGGGUACUUAGAAGUCAACCUCAUUGAUGUGGGUCUGGAGUCACAUGUUGGCCAGAUACCUCCCUACAUAUGGUGUAAUUGGACAGGGUUCUAUGCAAUUGGAUAUCUAGCCUCAUUCUGUCCAACCUCCGUAUUCUCUAACUUUGAGCUGAAUUUUCAUUCUCUACUGCAGUUGAAAGCCAUCUCCUUUCACCUCUGCAAUUGUCCACUCCCUCAGCUUCUACAAAGCCCAUCACUCCAUCCUCAGCUAAUGGCCUCAUUUCCCAAGUGAUCACCUUGCUUGACCUUCAAAGGCUGUAGCUCUGAACCUUCCCUUCACAAAAUGUUACUGACCCAUCUGUUUUUCUUUUUUUCCACUUGCUCAGCUCUGCUGGCUCCCCAAAGGAUUGACCUCAAGACACAUUUCAAAGAGAAGCCAGCUAUUGCCUGCAAAGGAACAAUGUGCAUGGUCAUUGGGGAAUGGCACUAGGUGAAUUGGCAUGGUGGGCUGAAUGGCUUCCUUCUGCUCUCCAGCAAUUCUGUGGAUUUCUCCUUGAGUUCAGAUCCCUUCCAUCCCAAUUGAGCCUCACUCAACUGAUUAGUGUGAACUUCCUACAGUCAAACUCCCAUAGGAAACUUGCCUAUAUGCUCUAGUUGUCACUGACAGACUAGAUUCCUCAGUAAUUGCAACAUAAUCCUCAGGAAUGUUAUUUCUAAAGCCAGUACAUCUUUUUAUCAUUUUUGCAGCCACCUCAGGCUCCUUUUAAAAAGCUUAAUAUUCUCUUCCCUCCACAAAGUCCACUUCUAUACAAAGUUAAAAAUGUCUCAACACCAGGUUAUAAUUCAACAGGUUUUAUUAGAAGCAUACUGGCUUUCGGAGCGCCGCUCCUUCAUCAGGCGGUUGUGCAGCGCUCUGAAACCUAGUGCUUUCGAUUAAACCUUUUGGACUAUAACCUGGUAUUGUGUGAUUUGUAACUUUGUACACCCCAGUCCAACACUGGCAUCUCUGAAUCAUUUGUAUACAGCUGAUGCCUAAUAAAACUUGUCAUCUCUUUCCAUGCUAAGCUUGCUAUCUACCUCUCUACAAUUAGGUGUCCCCUUGCGCUCUUAAUUUGUAUAUGUCUUGCCCCAUAUGUAAAGUGCACUUGAGACGUUUCUCAAUAUAAAUACAAGUUCUUGUAUAUAAUUCUAUAUAAAUAAGAUUCCGUUCAGGAGUUGCAGUUGUAUCUCACCUUUUUCUACUUAGCCAGUUGCCUGUAUGGUAUUUUGCUGUUGUUACAUAAAUGGUUAUUAAAUGAAUUAUGAAAUUAUUGGAGCUUUAUUGCACAC